AUGGAGCUGCGAGCUACCCUCUUCCUCACCACUCUUCUCGCCCUCAUCAUGAAAGCCCAAACCAUGAGCCUGCCCAUUCGGAUCCUCACCCACAACAUCCGCUAUGCUGCCAAUCCGCCUGCAACAGGCGAGAAACCCUGGUCAAUUCGUCGGCAGCUGAUGCUCAAUGAGCUCCACUACAACACGCUGCACAAUCCCGAGGCCUUUAUAUGUUUGCAAGAGGUACUGCACGAGCAGCUCGUUGACAUCAUGACGGGUCUCGGUGACGACUGGGCAUACAUUGGCGUCGGACGAGACGACGGCAAGACGCAGGGCGAGUAUAGCCCGGUCAUCUACCGAAAGGCAGUUUGGGAUCUGGUCAAGUGGCAGACGGUGUGGCUGAACGAGAACGGGACGGUAGGAAAGAAGGGGUGGGACGCGGGCUCGGUCCGCAUUGUAACCAUUGGCACAUUCAAGCACGUCGAGUGCAAGAAGACCAUGGUGGCCAUGAGCACGCACUUUGACAACGCGGGCCCCAUUUCGCGCCGCGAGUCGGCAAAAAUCAUCCAGAGAGUCACUGCAAACGUCACGGAUGCUGCAUCGCCUUGUCCUCUUCCCUUCUUCCUCGCCGGCGACCUCAAUUCAGAGACCCAGGACGACGCCUACAUGAUGCUGAAUAAUGCGUCGACUUCCCUCUUGCGCGACGCAAAAGAACAGGCAAAGUGGUUCUAUGGCGAUCAGAACUCGAGGUUAGACUACUCUCUGGCGAACCCAGAUACUAUCACCAAGUACAAGGUCGCCGCCGACAUCUCCCAGAAGGUCCUCAAGGAGGUCUCAGGAUGGAUUGCCACCGAUGCUAACAUUGUCGAGCUCUGUGAGCGCGGCGACAAGCUUUUGGAAGAGGAAGUCUCCAAGGUCUACAAGGGCAAAAAGGUCCAGAAGGGCAUUGGACACUGCACCACCAUCUCGCCGAGCGCCUACAUCACUCCCUACACGCCCCUCAAGUCCGACACCGAGGAGGCCGCCACAACACUCAAGGAGGGCGAAAUUGUCAAAAUCCAGCUCGGUGCUCAGAUCGACGGUUUCUGCGCUAUCGUUUGCGACAAUGUCAUUGUCGGUAACUCUGGAGAAGUCACUGGUCGCGAAGCUGAUCUCAUUUUGGCUACACACUACGCAAACGAGCUCCUUCUCAGGUUGAUGGUUCCCCCCAGUCUGAUCCCUUACAGCGACGAGGAGGAGAAGACCAAGGCUGCCACCAAGAAGCCCUACACACAGAGCCAAAUCACCAACAUGCUGGAGAAGGUCGUCAAGGCUUACGACUGCAACCUCGUCGAGAGCACCACCAUCUGGCUUUUCGACCACAACGAGAUCGAGUCGAAGAAGAAGAUUAUCCUUGCCCCUGGCGAGGGUGUCCGAGGUGAAGGUCUGCCCGAAGCCGGCGAGGUUUGGGGUGUUGAGAUGGGCGUCAGUCUGGGAAGCGGCAAGGUCAAGAACAACAGCAACCGCACUACUCUGCAUCGCCGCACAGCCACCACCUACCAACUGAAGCGCCCGACUUCCCGAACGCUCUUGUCCGAGGUUGUCAAGAAGUUUGGAACUUUCCCCUUCAGCUUGCGACAGCUUGAGGACGAGAAGGCCGCCAAGGUUGGUGUUGUCGAGUGCGUCCGCACUGGUGUGCUUCGCCAGUACGAAGUCGUUGUCGACAAGGACAACCAGCCUGUGGCUAGGUUGUUCUCCACUGUUUCCAUUGGCAAGAACGGCAUGCAGCGCCUAGCUCAGCCCCCUCCUAUUGACCUCUCCAAGUACAAGUCUGAGAAGAAGAUUGAGGACGAGGAAAUCCUCAAGAUCCUGGAGCAGCCCAUUGGAAAGACAUCGACAAAGAAGACCAACAAGAAGAAGAAGAAGAAGCCCGCAAAGAAGGCCGAUGCUGGAGCCGCCGCCGCCGAAGAGGAGAGUGACGAUGAAGACGUCCAGGGCACCCUCGAACAGCCUUGUACACGCUCAUUCUUGCACGAUCGACCCACCAACACCGGGCUCGGCAUUGCGGCGUGUAAAAUUCCCGGACAGCGUGUGAAUUUCGCCAUGCCGGCCCUCCGCAAGUCUGCCCGGGAGCGCGACUUUCGAUCGCAUCAAAGGUCGAGCACCACACCUUACGCCUCGCCCACUGGUACACCAAGCGACGCUGUCUACGACAAGAAGCAGCGCUCAAUCACCGAGUGGACGGAGCCCCAACCGCAAACUCUGGCGCCCUCGUUCGAAGAGCACGGUUUUGCGCGGCACGGUGUCUUGGAGAAUAUGGCUCCUCUCGGUGUACCCCCCAAAGCGAAGGACAAGCAGCGCGCGCGCGCUCUCGAAGGGCCGGCUCCUCGAAACUCAUCGCUGGGAAAAGUGAACAUGGCUUUUCGGGACGAGGUUGGGUCUACGCCAGAGGUUACUCCGGCUCCCGAGCUUGAGCCUGACGACUCUGAGCGCCAAGAGGAGGACGAGAUGCGGGUCGGCUUUCCUGUCCUGGAGGAUGAGGAGGACGACGACUACGAGCCCACCAAGGCGAAAAAGAAGGUCAAGGUCUCCAAAACGCCUGUCAGGGGCAAGACGCCGGUGCAGAGCAAGACGCCUGUCAACGGCAAAACGCCCGUGAAAAACGGCUUCGGCAAGAGCACGUCGGUCUCGGCGAGCCCAGCUGUGCAGGCCAUUUCCAUGUCGGAGCCCGUCGAAGCAACCACACAGCGCAUCCAGAUUGCGGUCAACGACGCCAUUUCCAAGGCCAACAGCAGCAAGGGCAGGCGCUACGUAGGCAUUGCUCUGAAGCGCGCUUUUGAGCAGAGCAAAAAUGACCCGGAAUUAGCCGAAGCCAUGGAUGCAGUCAUCCAUGAGAGGAGCACGAACCAGCAGUAUCGCCGUUUUCGCAAGUUCAUCAAGGAGAUCAAGCUCGAGGAAAAAAUGAAAUUGGGUCUCACCCGAGAUAGGCGCUUCGACCAGCAGACUGCAGCGAAUAACGGCGCUUCGUUCUUCAGCCAGCAGUCAUCACCCCGGGCGAGCAGCGAAGUCGUUCCUGAUGACUCUGUUUUGACUGUAUAUGAAUACCAGGACCAGCAUCUCAAGCACUCCACCAAAUCGGAACACAAGGCAUCGCAAUCAGUGUCCGACCAAAGUUCUGCGACUGCCCCUCACCCGUUCAGCUCGGCGCCGGCCUUGCCAGUAGCAACCAACUCUGCUGAAUCAACUCCUCGAAUGCCCUCAAAGUCACCCCGAAAACGUGCCUCUACCAAUGGAAAAUCUGCGCCAGACUCUGCUAUGGACAUGGAUGGUGGCGCCUCUACGGCGGCGCCCACGCCCGCGGCAAGGACGCCCGACACUGGUGCAAGCGAUUCCGAGCUCUCAGAUGUGAAUGAAGAGAUAGUCCAGAAGGGUCCCCCCGAACCAGUGCAGGUCAACGAAAAAAGCGUCGCGCCAGCAGCAGCAUCGGGAACAAAGAAGGGCAAGAACAUUGCACACGCACGCGCUGCGAAAAAGGCGAAAGCCAACGCGGGGAAGCUGUUCGGCAAGCAUGCCUACAAGCAGCAGCCACUUACUGCAGAACAGCAGGCGGAAGACGAUCGGAUCUAUCAGAUGCGCAAGUCCAUGGUGGACGAGCAGCCUAUCCGCCAGUUUGACCAUAUCCAGCCUCCAGUGUCGGAUGUUCGCUUCGACGAUGAGAUUCUUGAGACGGAAUCUCUGACGGAAUCCCAGAUCGCUGUAGGGCCACCCAUGGACUCUGAUCAACCACGGCGUCCUGGGCGAGCUCCAAACCAUGGCACCAAGCGUAUACGGGAUGAUCCGCUCCGGUUUUCUUCGCCGCAGUCCGAGCCAGCUGCAGCAACGCGGCCUUCGACACCAGCCGUGGGGCCAGCGCCAAAGCGGGUCAAGCUUACCAACAGCCAAGGUGCCAGAACCAAGCGAUCACCAGUCAAGAACCGGGAUGCAGGGCCUAUUGCUGGUGUAGCCUUUACUGGCGGUGGCGGUUCGAGACAGUUGGGGCCUGAUGACAAUGACCCUAACUCGCCGCAGUCGGAGAGCGACGACUUUUGCUCUGCGUGUAGGGGCGCGGGCGAGUUUGUAUGCUGCGAAAACUGCCCACGCGUUUUCCACCUGCUAUGCUGUGAUCCACCGCGAACAGAGGUGCCCGAUGGUGCUUUCUACUGCUACGAGUGCAACGCCAAGUUCGCUGCACCCGACGACUCCGAAGAGGUUCAUGCUAGCCUUGGACCGCUUUUCAGUAAGCUGGAGCGUACCAACCCUCGUGCGUUUGCGUUGCCCCAUGACAUUCAGAACAACUUUGAAGGCGUCUCUGCACGUCCCGAUGGAUCCUAUUUCGAGGAGGUCAAGAAGUUCCCUCUGGCGAAGAACAGUGGUUAUGGCUACCAGAAGCCAGAAUACACAAAGGUCAUUGACAGCGACCAAAAAGUCAUUCUGUGUGUCCAGUGUGGCUUGUCGAGUGGCAACAAGCGCCAGAUGCUCAAAUGUGACUUUUGUCACGCGUACUGGCACUUGGACUGCGUUGACCCGCCUCUCGCUAACCCGCCACACAUCAGCCUGGAGGCGUCUCAGCGCGAUGCCUGGAAGUGUCCUCGACAUGUUGACCAUGAUCUUCGCAGCGGCUUGCUGGUGCAGCACGAUCUGAGCUCUACCGAGCACGAUGCUGAGAUGAGCAAUGCGCCAGUUGUCCGCGUCGCGCGUAGAGUGCGAGUGCGCAAGCACUCUGAGUACAUUGAGCCAACUUUCUCACGCGGCAUGCGCAACAACGGUUUGAUCGAAAUCACCAACGAUCCUGACGACGACACUGACGGCGAAGGCAACUAUGUGUUUGGUGACAACGACCCCAAGGAUAUCAACUCCAAGAUCUUCCGCGUACCGGAAAAGGGUGUCAUCCUUGAUUUCGUCAGCAAAGUCAAGAGUGGCCGUGUUAUGAAGAAGCACCAAGCACCCAAGGCUGCGGAGGCUGCGGCCCAACGCAACACGGCUAUGCAGAACUAUCUAGCCCAUUCCAUCGAGCAGCAGCAAGCAGCACUCACGCUGGCACAGCUGGCAGGAAAGGAGCCGGACCUGAACCUGAGCGAGGGCAAAGUUCAUGCGCUCAUCUACAGUCUCACCUCCGAGGCUCCUCCGAACGUCAUUGCUGCCAUGGCCAACGCAAACCCGCCACCGCCUUCGCAACAAGAGCGCGCACAGCUGGAGAUGCUUCAACAGCUGAUUCAGCGUCGACUUGGAGCUUGA